AUGCACUCACCAACUCCCGACCCGCAGACCCCAAUCCCCGCCUCUCGCGAGCACAAACCUCAGCCUGGAGCGAGUAGUGGUGCGGAUACCGGUAAACCAAAGACGGUCUCUGUUACGGUUAAGGAUCAACUGGGUGAUGAGAUUACAUUCAAGAUUAAGCGCAACAAGCCUAUGUCGAAGAUCAUGGAGGCCUAUUGUCAGCACAAGGAGAUUGGGGAUAUUCAGAGUGUGAGAUUUCUCUACGACGGUCUCAGAAUCGAGAAAGAACACACGGCCGAUAGUCUGGAAAUGGAUGUUGAAGCCCGGCUUGAUGUUUUUUUGGAGCAGCUAGGAGGUGCUCGUUAA